CGCCGAGUGAGCGGCGCGGAGCGCUCCCCCUGUCCCGGGCGCCGAGUGCGCCCCUCCCUGGGCCCGCCGGAGCUCCCAGCCCAUCGCGCUGGCUGAGUGGCCGCGGGGCGAGCUGAGCGCCCGUGGCCGCGUGCGAGGAAGUGACCGGAGCCCCGCUAGGAAGAAUGGAGCUGGCGACUCGCUCCCAGAUCCCUCAAGAAGUGGCUGACAUCUUUAACGCCCCCAGUGAUGAUGAAGAAUUCCUGGGUUUCCAAGAUGAUGUUCCCAUGGAAACCCUCUCAUCAGAGGAGAGCUGUGAUAGUUUUGACUCGCUGGAGUCAGGGAAACAGCAGGGUGUACGUUUCCAUUCCAAAUACUUCACGGAAGAGCUAAGAAGAAUUUUUAUAGAGGAUACUGACUCAGAAACUGAAGAUUUUGAAGGAUUUACACAAAGUGAGCUGAAUAGUCACCCGGAAGUAAUGCUCGUGGAAUCAGAUUUGAGUGACGACAGCAAAGCAUCUCUGGUGAGUGAGGAAGAGGAAGAUGAAGAAGAUGCUCUGUCUAGAAGAAGCAGGUCUAGCCGAAGCAGUCUUGGCCUUCGAGUAGCCUUUCAAUUCCCCACCAAGAAAUCAGCAAAGCAAUCAAAUAAAAACAGUUCUUCUGAGCCAUUGUUCUCUAGCUCCCACUUACAGGACAGUCAAAAAGCAAUUCUUGGAAGAAAGAAAAGCCGUCGACAGGCAGAGGAGAGGGAAGAGUCUGUCUCUGAGUCUGAGGAUGACUCCAGAGAUGACAGCCAGGAGGGUUCAGACGCCCUGCUGAAGAGGAACAUGAACAUCAAGGAGAACAAAGCCAUGCUUGCCCAGUUAUUGGCAGAAUUAAACUCCGUGCCAGAUUUCUUCCCAGUACGAACCCCGACCUCAGCUUCUAAGAAGAAAACCGCGAGGCGGGCCUUCUCAGAGGGACAGAUCACACGGCGCAUGAACCCCACCCGCAGUGCGCGGCCUCCUGAGAAGUUCGCCUUGGAGAGCUUCACUUUCUCGGCUGCCAAGUUUGCAGAAGAGUUUUACAGUUUCAGAAGAAGGAAGACAAUUAGUGGGGGGAAAUGCCAGGGUUACAAACGACGUCACCGUAUAUCUUCUUUUCGGCCAGUGGAAGAUAUCACUGAAGAGGAUUUAGAGAACAUUGCCAUCACUGUUCGAGAUAAAAUCUAUGAUAAAGUUCUGGGUAACACGUGCCAUCAAUGUCGUCAGAAGACCAUCGACACCAAGACGGUGUGCCGGAACCGGAGCUGCGGCGGAGUGCGAGGGCAGUUCUGUGGGCCAUGCCUGCGGAAUCGCUAUGGGGAGGAUGUGCGAUCGGCAUUGCUAGACCCGGAUUGGAUAUGUCCUCCCUGCCGUGGGAUCUGCAAUUGUAGUUAUUGUCGGAAGCGUGACGGCCGCUGUGCCACGGGGAUCCUCAUUCAUCUGGCCAAGUUUUAUGGUUAUAAUAACGUUAAGGAAUACCUGGAGGGCUUACAAAAGCAGCUGGUUGAAGACAACUAAGGAAAAAGAACCAGCCAGCCUCCAACAAGACAUGCAUACCAUGUGUGCCUAAGAUUUCUUAAGGUUGACUUUUUAUGCAGAAAUUCUUUGUAACAGAGUUUAUUGCUUCUAAAUACUAUUUUUAAAAAGAUUGUUUACAUGCUUAUAAAGAUCUCUCAGGAAGCCAGCAAAGCAGAGGAAUCUGUGUACAUGUAUCCACAAGAUCUGUUUGUAUAGAAUUGUUAAAAGGAUCUGAAAAAGCACAAGUGAAAUGGGGUGGUGGUACCUGAUGUUCAGGUAAGUUACAGAAAAGAUACUGAAUACGAAGCUCUUGCCUUUACCCAUGAUUAAUCAUCUGCAUUGCCUUGACCUUUUACUUUCCAAACACUAACUCUAGGCCCAGUGGUUUCUGACAGAGGUUUUAUGUCCCUGUAGUUCACCUGAGCAUGAGUGACCACAGUUCAGACCCCACAGAGUUUAACUUGCUCUGGGUCAUUGCAAAUGUAUGUUGAUGAAUGUUCCCCUCAGUCACAAAGUGCAAUUAACCAUAGAACUUGUGAAGUAGUUUUGUUUUUAUUAAAACUUGACUGAACAAAAGUGGACCAUCAUGUUACAAACACUGGAGGCGUCAGAGCCUGCCUUUUCCUUCAGGACGCACCUGCUGCUUCCAUUUUGAAAGAAUAUAAGGGCUAAAUUUUUUAUUUAAAAUUUUUUUCUGUUAUCUAUAAGAACUUUUAAACUCCCUUUCUUCUCAGCUGUAUCGUUUUUGAGGGUAUGUGUAGAUUCAGUUGAGACCUUGGUGAAAAUGUGAGAUACACUGUACUUUUCUGUGUUGAGGGAUGAGGGCUAAAAAGCGGUAAUCAAUGAACAUAGGUUCAGAAUAGGUUUUCUGUAUUUUUUCCUACCUUUCUCUUCCUUAUUCCACUUUUUAAGGAUAGCAUUUAAGAAGAAAAUAUACACGUAAGUUACUAGAAAGCUGUAUAAGCUGGAAUGUUUUAUGCCUACAGUAGAACACAUGAAUGCAAGAACAGCACACUGAAAUGAAAACCCUGCACUGUGCUACGGCUGGAGAAGCAGAAGUCC